GCAGUUCCAAAUUCGCAAAUUUUGGAAAAUUUUUUUAAUCAGAAUUGUACCUUUUUGCACUAUUCCAGUAUUUUUCCCACCGUAUACAUAAGUGGUAAACAGGAAUGCAUAUGGUAGUGGGGAAACAGUAAAUAGUUGAAAGACAAUUAAAGUUAGCUACGUUGCACGAAAUUUAAAAGUUUUUGUAGUACUUAAUGUAGUAAUUUAAUUUACUUAUUACAUGGUUUCUAUAAAUCAUCGCUAAAAUAUAGUACAAUUUUUUAUUACGACUUGGGUCAGAAAAUUGAAUUCUGUAUAUGUUAACAGGAGUUAAGAUUGAAUAGGAAGUUUACCUGUGUUAUUGUAAAUAACUAUAUUUAAAUAGACAUUAAAUAUUGUAUUAUCAUAAUAUCACAGAUGCCAUACAUUUUGGUACGUGGUAAUCUUGCUUCGUAUGGUAAUAAAUAUCCAUGGAGGGUUUUAGUAUCAGGUCUUAAAGCAUCAGAGAUAGAACAACUAAGUCGUUUUGCUUCUGGGGGAUAUUGUGAUGAUUCGACAAUAGUAUAUAUGCAACAUCCUUGUGUAAUAUUAACUGCUUUAGAGGUUCUUGGUUACAAAGUUGUGGCAUCUUCAAGUACCGGUGUUAAACAAGAUUAUAAUGAGUAUAUGUGGACUAUGAGAAAAGAUUUUUCUGAACCUGAACCUGAACCUGUUCUUAAGGUAGACGAGGAUUCUUCAAGCAUUUAUAGUUACACGUGCGAUCAGCAUGGAGCACAAUCAUGGUUGUAACGAUCAUUAUGCAUGCUGCAGUUCAAAUAAUAAUUUCGAUGUUCGUCAGUCACUUAUGGAAAUGGAAUUUGAACGUGGUAUAUGGU